AUGUGGAGGAGACCGGCUCAGAUCCUGGGCCUGCUGCUCUGCAUACUGGGCUGGAGCUUUGUGGGCUGCACCCUUGCUAUGGAUCACUGGAGGGUGGCCCAGCUGGGGGGUCAGGGGGGCUCCUCUGUGGUGGUGACAGCUUUGUUCUGGUCUGACCUGUGGAAGGACUGCUAUGAAGACUCCACCUCUCUGGUGAACUGUGUCGACUUCCGCGUGCUUUGGACAGUCAAAACAUACAUCCAGGCAGUCAGGGGGCUCCUGAUGAUUGGCCUAUGUCUCGGCUUCAUUGGCACAGUGCUCACCUUUUUUGGAAUGGAGUGCACACACAUUGGUGGAGACCAGAGAAGUAACGACAGGAUGUUAAUAACAGCGUCUGCUUUCCAUCUGCUCGGUUGCGUAUCAGACGUGGCUGCUUAUUGUUUAUACAUAAACAGAGUGGCUGCAGCCUUUUUACACAGCAAAGCAGAUCCAUCCAAAGUGAGAUAUGAAAUUGGAGCCCCCCUGUACCUCGGCCUGGUGGGGAGUUUCCUCAGUCUACUUGGUUGUACAGUUCACUGUGUAACUGCAUGCAGAGCUAACCACCCAAAAAGCAGACAUCCCACGGUUCCCUUCAUCAGUGAAAGAGGAGAACACAUCUGUGGAGCAUCAAAAAGGUCUAAUGUCCUCAGAAACGCCUCUUCCUACAAGAUGGCUUCUGUUUUGCUCGUGUAA